AUGGAGCUGGACAUGGCCAUGGAGCCAGACAGAAAAGCAGCUGUUAGUCACUGGCAGCAGCAGUCUUACCUGGACUCUGGGAUCCAUUCUGGCGCCACCACCACGGCGCCUUCUCUGAGUGGUAAAGGCAAUCCUGAGGAGGAGGAUGUGGAUACCACCCAAGUCCUGUAUGAGUGGGAACAGGGAUUUUCUCAGUCCUUCACUCAAGAACAAGUAGCUGAUAUCGAUGGACAGUAUGCAAUGACUCGAGCUCAGAGGGUGAGAGCUGCUAUGUUCCCUGAGACACUAGAUGAGGGCAUGCAGAUCCCAUCUACACAGUUCGAUGCCGCUCAUCCCACUAAUGUCCAGCGUCUGGCUGAACCAUCACAGAUGCUGAAACAUGCAGUUGUAAACUUAAUUAACUAUCAAGAUGAUGCAGAACUUGCCACACGUGCAAUCCCUGAAUUGACAAAACUGCUGAAUGAUGAAGACCAGGUGGUGGUUAAUAAGGCUGCAGUUAUGGUCCAUCAGCUUUCUAAAAAGGAAGCUUCCAGACAUGCCAUCAUGCGUUCUCCUCAGAUGGUGUCUGCUAUUGUACGUACCAUGCAGAACACAAAUGACGUGGAAACAGCUCGCUGUACUGCUGGGACCUUGCACAAUCUUUCCCACCAUCGUGAGGGCUUGCUGGCCAUCUUUAAAUCUGGGGGCAUUCCUGCCCUGGUGAAGAUGCUUGGUUCACCAGUGGAUUCUGUAUUGUUUUAUGCCAUUACAACUCUCCACAACCUUUUAUUGCAUCAGGAAGGAGCUAAAAUGGCAGUGCGUUUAGCUGGCGGGCUGCAGAAAAUGGUUGCCUUGCUCAACAAAACAAAUGUUAAAUUCUUGGCUAUUACAACAGAUUGUCUUCAGAUUUUAGCUUACGGCAAUCAAGAAAGCAAGCUGAUCAUUCUGGCUAGUGGUGGACCUCAAGCGCUAGUGAAUAUAAUGAGGACCUACACUUAUGAGAAGCUCCUGUGGACCACAAGCAGAGUGCUGAAGGUGCUGUCUGUCUGCUCCAGUAACAAGCCAGCUAUUGUAGAAGCUGGUGGAAUGCAAGCUUUAGGACUUCACCUGACAGAUCCAAGUCAACGCCUUGUUCAGAACUGCCUUUGGACUCUACGUAAUCUUUCAGAUGCUGCAACUAAACAGGAAGGGAUGGAAGGUCUUCUUGGGACUCUUGUUCAGCUUCUGGGCUCAGAUGAUAUUAAUGUGGUCACCUGUGCAGCUGGAAUUCUUUCUAAUCUCACUUGCAAUAAUUAUAAGAACAAGAUGAUGGUGUGCCAAGUGGGUGGCAUAGAGGCUCUUGUGCGCACAGUCCUUCGUGCUGGUGACAGGGAAGACAUCACUGAGCCUGCCAUCUGUGCUCUUCGUCAUCUGACCAGCCGACACCAGGAAGCUGAGAUGGCCCAGAACGCUGUUCGCCUUCACUACGGACUACCUGUGGUGGUUAAACUCCUACAUCCACCAUCCCACUGGCCUCUGAUCAAGGCCACUGUCGGAUUGAUUCGAAAUCUCGCCCUUUGUCCAGCAAAUCAUGCACCUUUGCGUGAGCAGGGUGCCAUUCCACGACUAGUUCAGUUGCUGGUUCGUGCACACCAGGAUACCCAGCGCCGUACAUCUAUGGGUGGCACACAGCAGCAGUUUGUGGAGGGAGUCCGCAUGGAAGAAAUAGUUGAAGGUUGUACUGGAGCCCUUCACAUCCUAGCUCGGGAUGUUCACAACCGAAUUGUUAUCAGAGGACUAAAUACCAUUCCAUUGUUUGUGCAGCUGCUUUAUUCUCCUAUUGAAAAUAUCCAAAGAGUAGCUGCAGGGGUCCUCUGUGAACUUGCUCAGGACAAGGAAGCUGCAGAAGCUAUCGAAGCCGAGGGAGCCACAGCUCCUCUGACAGAACUACUUCAUUCUAGGAAUGAGGGUGUGGCAACAUAUGCAGCUGCUGUUUUGUUCCGAAUGUCUGAGGACAAGCCCCAGGAUUAUAAGAAACGGCUUUCGGUUGAGCUGACCAGUUCUCUCUUCAGAACGGAGCCAAUGGCUUGGAAUGAGACUGCUGAUCUUGGACUUGAUAUUGGUGCCCAGGGAGAACCUCUUGGAUAUCGCCAGGAUGAUCCCAGCUAUCGUUCUUUUCACUCCGGUGGGUACGGCCAGGACGCCUUGGGGAUGGACCCCAUGAUGGAGCAUGAGAUGGGCGGCCACCACCCUGGUGCUGACUAUCCAGUUGACGGGCUGCCAGAUCUGGGGCAUGCCCAGGACCUCAUGGAUGGGCUGCCCCCGGGUGACAGCAAUCAGCUGGCCUGGUUUGAUACUGACCUGUAA